AUGCGGUUCGGAGAACAUCUCCGCUCGUCUAUGAUUCAAGAGUACUACUGGUACUACAUCGCCUACGACGAAUUGAAAAAAGCCCUCAAGACCGACUUCGUCCAGGAACCAACCCCCGAAAGCCCAAAACCAGACCGCAAAGCCUGGACCGAAGAUGACGAGCAGCGUUUCGUCUCCCUGCUGGAGGACGACCUCGACAAGGUUUUUAACUUCCAGAGGAUCAAGAGUGAGGAGAUUGUUCGGCGCAUCCAGGCCAGCGAAAAGGACGUGAACAAUGUCAUCUCGAGGCUGGAAAGUAAUCGGAAUCCUUCUGGAGCCCGCCGCUCGAGUGUCCGGUCCGUUACGCGUCCGCCUCCGUCCGAUGAGGAUUUUCUGUUCCUCGAGCAGGUCUUGAGUGAUAUCAUUGCUGAUGUUCAUGAUCUGGCUAAAUUCACCCAGUUGAACUAUACUGGGUUCCAGAAGAUUAUCAAGAAGCAUGAUAAACAAACCGGCUGGCACCUGAGACCCGUCUUCGCCGCACGCCUUAACGCUAAGCCCUUCUUCAGAGAUAAUUAUGAUGCCUUCGUUGUAAAACUUUCCAAGCUUUACGAUUUGGUCCGGACCAAGGGAAACCCAGUCAAGGGAGAUGCCGCCGCCGGAGGGUCUCAACAAAACUUUGUCCGCCAAACCACGAAAUACUGGGUCCACCCUGAUAAUAUCACAGAAUUGAAAUUGAUCAUUCUCAAGCACCUCCCCGUUCUUGUUUUCAACCCUAGCAAAGAAUUCGAAGAAAAGGAUACCGCGAUCUCGUCCAUAUACUAUGACAACACCGAUACUUGGGAGUUAUACCAGGGCCGUCUUAAGAAGACAGAAGGAGCCGAGGCGAUUCGUUUGCGUUGGUAUGGAGGCAUGGAGAGCGAUCAGAUUUUCGUCGAACGGAAGACACACCGCGAAGACUGGACUGGCGAGAAAUCAGUCAAGGCGCGUUUCGCUCUCAAAGAAAAGCAUGUCAAUGCUUUCCUCGAGGGUCGUAUGACCGUGGACGCCGUCUUUGACAAGAUGCGCAAGGAGGGGAAGAAGAGCGAAGCGGAGAUUGCCGACCUGGAGCAAUUGGCCCGAGAGAUUCAGUACCGCGUUAUCACAAGAAGGCUCGUACCAGUCACCCGGUCCUUCUACCAUCGAACGGCUUUCCAGCUUCCUGGCGAUGCUCGUGUUCGGAUCUCGCUCGAUACCGAGUUGACCAUGACCCGGGAAGACAAUAUUGGACGUCGACGUGCAGGAAACAACUGGCGUCGCAUGGACAUCGGGGUAGACUAUCCGUUCAAGCAGCUUCCCCCUGAGGACGUUGAACGAUUCCCUUAUGCCGUGUUGGAAGUAAAACUCCAAACCCAAGCCGGACAGGAGCCCCCUCAAUGGAUCAGGGACCUGACUGCCAGCCAUCUGGUCGAAGCUGUUCCUAAAUACAGUAAAUUCAUCCAUGGCACAGCCACCCUCUUCCCCGACCACAUCAAUCUCUUGCCAUUUUGGAUGCCGCAGAUGGAUGUCGACAUUCGGAAGCCUGCAACACGCCGCUUUGGUAUCCAGCGGCCAUUGGCAAGUACAUCAAUGUCUGGCAACGACGAAACUCAGGAGGAUGACGAGUCGGACGAUGACUCGGGCGAAGCACAGGAGAAUGACAGGCGCAGACUGGAAGAUCAAGCUAACGGAGGUGAUGGACUUGGGUUAUUUGCUGACACCGAUGGAAAUGCGCUUGACAUCGAGGAACGUGUCGCUGCACAGCCGCUACCCGGUGAUGAGGAUUAUCCACUGUACGACUCGGAUGAUGAUUUCAUGGACUCAGAUGAAUUGGAAGAAGCGAGAAGGGUGGGGGGAAGAUAUUAUUAUCAGAAGCUGCUCCAGUACCACGCUGAACAGGCUGGAAACGCAGUGUUAAGCGGCCUCAAAGCCAUCAUUCCGCGGCCGACGCCGACAAAUAUGCCUCCUCCUGAGCAGCGUGGAAUCAUGGUUCUUGGAGAUCGACGCACAGUGAAGAGGUUCGAGGCACCCAAAGGUAAACGUAUCCACGUGCCUGUUCGUGUCGAACCCAAGGUCUAUUUUGCCGCAGAGCGGACAUUCCUGUCAUGGCUCGAAUUUUCGAUCAUCCUGGGCACCAUUUCGGCAACCCUUCUCAACUUUGGCGAGGACUACAUCACCCUAUCCUCGUCCUGGGCAUUCACCAUCCUAGCCGCAUUGGCCCUCUUGUACAGUCUCGUGUUAUAUAUCUGGCGUGUGGAUAAAAUCCGCAAGCGCCGCGACGUCAAGCGUGUAUACUAUGAAAAAUGGGGCCCUACUGUCCUGGGCGUCGGUCUUGUAUUGGCGGUUCUGACGAACUUUGCAUUGCGCGUUCGACAGGGAGGAUUCACGGCGCCGGACCAUAAUUUCGGAAAGGGGGGAUAUGGUCGGGUAGGGGACGAGUUAUGA